UCGGCAGAGCCGAGUCUGGGUUUAGGUAACUGUGUGGUUCCCCCUCUUCAAAUCAUUUCUCUCUUCAUUAAUUAAUUUGCUGAAGAGAUGGAGAAGGAAACCCUAGCUGCGGCUCCAUCUCAAUCUUCUUCGAGUCUUGAUGCUCCCCCGGAAGAUGCUUGGAUUCACGCUUCUCAAAGCUUAUCUCCUCGGUGGCGGUCUUCUAUCAAUUCUUCUCAGCCACCAAUCCAUAUUCCAAUAUCUAGAGUAAAUCAGGUAGAUGCGGCGAGAUUAGAUGUUGAAAUGUCGGGAAUGCUAAAAGAGCAGCUGGUCAAGGUCUUCUCUCUGAUGAAGCCAGGAUUCUUAUUUCAAUAUGAACCUGAGCUUGAUGCUUUCCUUGAAUUUCUCAUUUGGCGGUUCUCAAUAUGGGUAGAUAAACCGACUCCUGGGAAUGCUCUCAUGAAUCUCAGGUAUAGAGAUGAGCGCGCAACAGCCAUGAGAGGAAAAGAAGUGAGAACGGGGUUGGAAGGACCUGGGCUCACCAUUCCUCAGAAAAUAUGGUAUUGUCUUGCCACAGUUGGUGGUCAGUAUAUUUGGGCUCGCUUACAGUCUUUCUCUGCUUUUCGUAGAUGGGGUGAUUCUGAACAGAGAUCCUUGGCACGUCAUGCAUGGAUUUUGAUUCAACGAGUGGAGGGAUUUUAUAGAGCUGCCUCCUUUGGCAACUUGCUUAUAUUUCUUUACACAGGAAGGUACAGGAAUAUUAUUGAGAGAGUUCUCAGAGCGAGGCUUGUGUAUGGGAGUCCUCACAUGAACCGAGCUGUUAGCUUUGAAUACAUGAAUCGCCAAUUAGUGUGGAACGAAUUCUCAGAGAUGUUGCUGUUGCUUCUUCCACUUCUCAAUUCAUCAUCUAUCAAAAAAUUUCUUCUCCCAUUCUCAAAGGAUAAAUCUUCUGGGUCCGCUGCGGAUGACACAGCAUGUCCCAUUUGCCAGGCAGAUCCAACUAUUCCAUUUCUAGCUCUUCCUUGUCAGCAUAGAUAUUGUUAUUACUGUCUUCGAACACGAUGUGCUGCUGCUCCAUCAUUUCGAUGUUCUCGUUGCAACGAGCCAGUGAACGCCAUGCAACGGCAUGAUGGGAAGGCUCCCAAAAGUUGACCUUUUUUAGGUGAUUUUUUUUUAAAACAAAAGAAAAAAUAAAAAUAGUAGAAAGAGUCAAAUAGUCAAUACGAUGUUGUAUUCGUCCUGUGUGUUGAAUAACUCAAUGAUGUAUAAAAAUGGAAGAAGUUGGCAUUACAAUUAAAUAAUUGAAUCAGAGAAACUUAAAUUCUUUUUUA